CACCACAUCAGCAUCAUCAUUGCAUGACAACCGUGCUCUUCUCAUCAUUCACAGCUCACAAUCCCAACUCCACCACCCUCCUCCUUUGUACUUUCCCCAUCUCACUCACUCAACUCUCCACUAACAACUAACAACUAAGAACUAAGAACCAAACCCACCACUGAAGCUGCAAUACACAAUAAUAAUGCCUCCUUCUUCUUCUUCUUUUUAUUCUGUUUCUGAUUUGGCUAUUCCCCAUUUUACCCUCAAGACAACCUUCAUUAUCUCCUACCUGGCGGUGGCGCUAGUGGCGGUGGCGCCCCUCCCCUCACGCUCCAUCAACAUUACCGCCGUCCUCUCCCCCUUCCCAGACUUCUCCCAAUUCACCUCCCUCCUCGCCCCAAUCUCGUCCGACCUCGCCGGCCGCACCUCUCUCUCCCUCCUGGCCGUCCCAAACUCCCGCCUCUCCUCUGCUCCACACCUCUCUCCCUCCGCCCUCCCGGAUGUCCUCCGCUACCACGUCCUCCUCCAAUUCCUCUCCCUCUCCGACCUCCACUCCCUCCCUCCCUCCGGCAAGCUCUUCACCACUCUCUUCCAGACCACUGGCCGCGCCCCCUCCAACUCCGGCUCCCUUAACCUCACCCGCGACCCUCGAAACGGCAUCGUUACCAUCACUUCCCCUUACUCCCCUUCCUCAAACGCCACCGUUUUGUCCUUAGUCAAAACCUUACCUUAUAACGUCACCGUUUUCUCCGUUGAUAACCUCAUCCUCCCUUUCGGCCUCGAUCUCAUGGCCUCGGAGACUCACCCCAAUCUAGGGCUCAACAUCACCAAGGCCUUAAUCGACGGCAAGAACUUCAACGUCGCCGCCUCCAUGCUCGCAGCCUCCGGCGUCGUCGAAGAAUUCGAGGCCGACGAGGGCGGCGCUGGAAUUACUAUGUUCGUCCCCGUCGACGAUGCAUACGCCGAUCUGCCUCCAGCCGUUAGCUUGCAAUCCCUUCCGGCGGAUAAGAAAGCCGUCGUGCUCAAAUUUCAUGUGCUGCAUUCGUAUUACCCCUUGGGAUCGUUGGAAUCGGUGGUGAACCCUCUUCAGCCGACUCUCGCGACGGAGGCCAUGGGUGCUGGGAGCUUCACGCUCAACAUUUCCCGCGUGAACGGCUCCGUUGCGAUCAACACUGGGAUCGUGCAAGCUUCCGUGACGCAGACGGUGUUUGAUCAGAACCCCGUGGCAAUCUUCGGCGUCUCGAAGGUUCUGCUGCCGAGGGAGAUCUUCGGGAAGAAUCCGAUCACGACGCCGAAGCUUGGAUCGACUGCACCGCCUCCGGAAGACGAUGCUUUGUCACCAGAGGGGUCGCCGGGGGCAAUGGAUGGCCAGCCUUCGCACCUCUCGUCGCCGCCCGGGUUCCGCGAGGACAUGCAGUCCAACGCUGCUGCCUCCGGUGUUCGUGGUUCCAAAUUCAAGUCUUCCAUUGUUGUUGCUGUAUUUGUUUGCUGUAUAGGGUUUUGUAUUUAGUGGUGUUGCACACACGAAUUGUCUCUGCCUUAUCGAGCGGUAUAUUUCAGUUGGGUUCUGCAGGAUACCUCAGUUCUCAUCCACCCUGGAGUUUGCGCAGUUUGCUCGACAUCUUACCUUGAUGACCAUCAGGUAGUUUCUUGUUUAUUAUGCUACAAAUUCACAAUUGUGGAUUUCAUAAUGGAUUCUCUCUGUGUUAACCUGCAAUUUAGGGUGUAAAUCUGAAAAUCCGAAAAUGAUGUCAUAUUGUGCAGGUUAAUCCCUGUAUUUAUUUGUAAGAGUAGAUAACUGUUCCUGAAAGCAAGCCUACCUGCAAUUGUUAUGUAUGCACUCUGUUAAGAAAGGCACUAUAUCUGGUGUCAACAAUUUUGGAGUUGUUUAUGAUUGACAAUAAUAUGCUGAAUAUACUGAAAUUUUUUGCAGCUUUUGCUGUGGAGAACUGUAUUGGGAAUUCUUGUUGUAGCUUUAUCUGUUUUAAUAUACUAAUAUGUUGUGAUCCGGAUUUUAAAGAGAUUGAUCAGCAGGCAAAUUAGACCAGUUAAGAAAUUGCUGCAAAUAACUUUCCACAACAUGGGGAACUAAUCAAUUUUUGAAUUAUGCUUCUAGACUUGGUUGCAUGGAAUGUAUUACCCUUCUUUCUUGGUGCAUGAUUGAAUACUCUUACUGAAUUAGCAUACUGUUUUCAUUAUUUGGUAUUUUACAAAGUUCGUAGAACUGAGGACUAGAAUAGUGGUGUGACAUUAGAUAGUAGAAAUAUAUAAUUAAGAGAGUACUAAUUCAAGCUUGUUGCAAUUGAAGAUCGAAAAUGGCUAGAACAGAUUUAAUGCAUAGACUACUUUAAGUAUUCCUCUUAAGCAUGGGAUUGCAUGUAUCCCUAGAUAUUGAAAAACAACUGGAGAUGAUAUGAUGCUGGUUAUGUGAGGUCUGGCUUUCAAAGGUGCCAAGGUGCAUCUUGAUUGAGUCUUUUGAGGGAAAUUAAUUAGUAAAUGGGAAGGUGGUGUUUAGGCUUCUACCAACCUUUGCAUUUCUGGCUCUUUCACCUUUGGCAUAAAACUUGACUUCAGUUACGUCUAGUCUGGUCAUGCUGUAGCUAAGUGUCCUAUAUGUACCCAUUAUGCGAUAGGCUUCUGGACUGAACUAUUUUUAUUUGGAGUAUUGCCCUAUUGUUCCAUGAAUACUAUGGAAAAUUC